AGAGUCCCAGCCAUCCAACACACAGAGUGCAAUAAGAGUUCAAGAGCGCUGCUGAGCGGCUCUCUAGAAUUAAGGGCAGUGACGAUACCGGGGGGAAGUAUUGUGUUUGUCCAUCAGCUUUUUUUGUUUAGGAGGGGCUCUGCAAGUGCGGUACUUUUGGUUACUUGUAGUUUGUGCGUCAGGCAAUUAAGGAAGGAGCAUCGGCGGUCCACAGCGCGGUGGGCAUGUGCAUGAGAGAGAAGAUAAAGUUGAAUGCGCAGGGCAGAAAAGAAGCAGUAAAGAGGAACAGAGUGUAAACUGACCAAGAAGACGACUCUCACACCAUGAAGACAGAGGACUCUGGGAGCCAGAGUCUGAAUGAGGGUCAAAUUAGGAUGCAGGCUGGCGCGCGGUCCUGGUUGUCUGGCAGUAAUUACCACAGUGGAAUGAAGAGGAUUCAGGUCCUGUCCCAUCUAGGGCUGCUAAUAGUGGGAGUGAUGCUGCUGGCCACCAUCCCUGUUGGAGCAAGCAUCAAACAGAGCGUCCCCAGGGUCAAACUCAGCCACAAAGAGCUGGUCCAAGGUGGCAGUGUAUCUCUGUUCUUGGGCCCCUCUGAAGGCCUCCACUCUCACACUCUGCUGCUAGAUGAAGAGAGGGGUCGUCUUCUGCUGGGAGCCAGGGAUCACAUCUACCUACUCGACCCUGACAACCUGGCCAGAGGGCCCAGAAAGAUCAGCUGGCCUGCUCCCCGAGACAGAGUCGAAAUGUGCAAACUGGCGGGCAAAAGUGCAAAUUUGGAGUGUGCUAACUUCAUCAGGGUUCUCCACAACUACAAUCGAACACAUGUCUACGCCUGUGGGACAGGAGCCUUCCACCCCAGCUGUGCUUUCAUUGAAAUCACAGGCCACAGAGCGGACGGUGUGUUCCAAAUGCUGUCUGGCACCGUGGAGUCUGGCAGGUUGAAAUGCCCCUUUGACCCCUGGCAGCCGUUCACCUCGGUCCUCACAGACCAGUAUCUGUAUGCGGGCACAGCCUCAGACUUCCUGGGUAAAGACACAACAUUCACUCGCUCCCUGGGCCCGCCGCCUGACCAGCACUACAUACGCACUGACAUCUCAGAGGACUACUGGAUCAACGAGGCCAGGUUUAUAUCUGCUCAUCCCAUUGCCGACACCUACAAUCCAGACGAUGAUAAGAUAUACUUUUUCUUCCGUGAGGUGUCGCGGGAGGGGAACGACAAGAGCAUCCUGUCUCGUGUGGCUCGUGUCUGCAAGAAUGAUGUGGGUGGGCUUAGGAGUCUGACAAACAAAUGGACCACCUUCCUUAAAGCGAGAUUGGUGUGUUCCAUCCCCGGACCGGACGGAGUGGACACACACUUUGAUGAGCUCCAGGACAUCUUUCUGCUUCCCACCAGAGAUGGCAAGAAUCCCAUAGUGUAUGGAGUCUUCACCACAUCCAGCUCAAUCUUCCGUGGCUCUGCUGUGUGUGUGUACAACAUGGCGGACAUAAGGGCUGUAUUUAAUGGACCGUACGCCCACAAGGAGGGGCCCGACCACCGCUGGGUAGAGUACGAGGGGAGGAUCCCGUACCCCCGCCCUGGAACGUGUCCCAGCAAGACAUAUGAUCCAAGGAUCAAGACCACCAAAGACUUUCCAGAUGAAGUGGUCAGUUUUGUUCGCUUCCACCCGCUGAUGUAUCGCUCUGUUUACCCUCUGACCGGACGUCCCGUGUUCACCCGCAUCCGAGUGGACUACACCCUGACUCAAAUAGUGGUGGACAGAGUCAUAGCAGAGGACGGGCAGUAUGAGGUCAUGUUUCUGGGCACAGAUGCUGGCUCAAUUCUGAAGGUGGUGAGCAUCACUCAAGAGAACUGGUCCACAGAGGAGGUGGUGCUGGAAGAGCUUCAAGUGUUCCAGGUUCCUGCUCCCAUCCUGAGUAUAGAGAUGUCCUCUAAACAGCAACAGCUGUACGUGGGAUCCAGUGAGGGUCUUGCCCAGGUUUCCCUCAGUAGGUGUCACCUGUACGGCCAGGCCUGUGCUGAGUGCUGCCUGGCACGGGACCCCUACUGUGCCUGGGAUGGACACACAUGCUCACGAUACAUCCCUGCAUCCAAGAGGCGAGCCAGGAGACAGGACAUCAAACAUGGAGAUCCCGCCAAUCAGUGCUGGGACACAGAGGACAGUCUUGGUGGAGGCCGGGUGGAGGAGCGGGUUCUCUUUGGGGUGCAGAGCAACUCCACCUUCCUGGAGUGCAUCCCCAAGUCUCAACAGGCCCAGAUCCGCUGGUACAUACAGAGACCUGGAUCUGAACACAGGGAGGAGGUCAGGCUAGAUGAUCGAGUUGUCCACACUGACCGAGGUCUCCUCAUUCGCUCCCUUCAUUCCUCUGAUGCUGGUGUGUACAUGUGUGUUGCUCAGGAGCACACACACUUCACUCACACUCUCGUACGUCUCACUCUACGUCUCGUCGCACAUGCAAACCUGGAUGGAAAGCCGAAUACCGGUGAGGACCCCAAGGUGGAGGUACGCCAUGGAGGGGAGCCUCGCCAGUGGUACAAAGACUACCUGAGAGUGAUGAGCACUCACAUCGGUUCUCUGGAGGAGUACUGUGAUUCGCUGUGGUUGGAGAAGAGGCCAAGGGGGCGAGGAAGAGGCAUAGGUGCAGGGAAGUGGAAACACAUACAGGAAAUGAAGAAGAGUAGGAACAGGAGGCACCACAGAGAGAGGGAGAGACAGGGGCGAGGAAGGGUGGAGAGGGCAGCAGAGGAGAGGGGGAGAUGGUAAACCUGCAUUUAGGGGUUGUUUUCAGCAACUAUACAUUCAAUUUCUGGGGGCUGGAUGAUGAGGUAGA